AGUUCCGGCUCGAUUCACCAGGAACAAAAGCAGGAGAUCAGCAGUUGUUGAGCGGUUUGGGGUAGGAUCGGGGUAAAAGACGCUCUCUUAUUCCCCUCUUCAUCUUAUGGGAUGGGGGAACCACAGGCAGAGGUCAAGGUGGUGAAUGAAGAAACAGAUGCCAAGCCGCAGCAGGUGAAUAAGAAUGGCAAGAAGGCAGAGGGUGGAGGAGGAACCUCCUUCUUCACCUGGUUCAUGGUGCUUGCUCUCCUGGGCGUCUGGACCUCAGUAGCUGUGGUGUAUUUUGACCUUGUUGACUAUCAAGGUGUAAUCGCCAAAGCAAAGGACUUGCGCUAUAAUCUUUCAGAGGUAUUACAAGGAAAACUUGUAUCCUAUGAUGCCGAUGGGGAUGGAGACUUUGAUGUGGAAGACGCCAAAGUUCUACUAGGACUGACAGAUAAGCCCAGCAUUGUGACCGGAGAAUCAGUUCAGGAUAAACUGGAACCUGUGGAAGAAGAGUCUAUUGUAGAGGAAGAGAUUCAAGCCACGAAAGCUGAGAAUUCUGUUCAGCCACCACCAGAACUAGAGGCUGUGGAGGAGGAGCCAGAGGAUUUUGAGGAGGAGCCAGAGGAUUUUGAGGAGGAGCCAGAGUCUGUGGAGGAGGAGCCAGAGUCUGUGGAGGAGGAGCCAGAGUCUGUGGAGGAGGAGCCAGAGUCUGUGGAGGAGGAGCCAGAGUAUGUGGAGGAGGAGCCAGAGUAUGUGGAGGAGGAGCCAGAGUAUGUGGGGGAGGAGCCAGAGUCUGCGGAGGAGGAGCAAGAGUCUGUGGAGGAGCAGGAAGUCCCAGAGGAAGAACCUGAAGUUGUUGAGGAAGAGCCAGAGGCUGUGGAGGCUGUUCCUGUUGAAGAGGAAACUGAGGAGGAGCCUGAGCCAGUUGAGGAAUCUGCACCACUUGAGGAAGUGGUUGAGGAAGAUAUUGCAGAAGAGGCUGCACCAGUGGAGGAAGCAGUUGAGGAGGCUGCACCAGUGGAGGAAGCAGUUGAGGAGGCUGCACCAGUGGAGGAAGCAGUUGAGGAAGUGGUGGAGGAGACAGCACCAGGAGAUGAUGAAGUAGAAGAAGUGACAGAAGAAAAUGCACCAGUAGAAGAAAUAGUGGAGGACGCAGUAAAGGAAGCGGAACCAGCUAAAGAGCCAGCAGAGGAAGCUGAACCAGCAGAGGUACUUGAACCAGCAGAUGAUGUUGAACCUGUAGAGGAAGUAGUAGAAGUGCCUUCAGAAGAAGAAGAAGAAGCAGCAGCAGAGGAUGAGACAGCAACAGAAGAGGAAACACCUGAAGAUACAGCUGUGGAGGAACCAUCAGAGGAGGCAGAACCAGUGGAAGAAAGAGAACCAGUGAGUGAAACAGCAGAGGAGUCUGUCCUUAAUGAAGAAACGAUACCGGAUGAAGAAUUAGUAGAGGAGACACCUCAGGAAGAUGAGGAAGAAGAAGAAUCCACAGUGGAGGAAGCAGAGGUUGAGGAGGAGAAUGUAGAAGAACAGGAGGAAGCAGCUUGGGAGGAAGAACAGACUGAGGAAGACAUUGCCGAAACAUAAAGCAUGAGGCAGUAUGGAGGAUGAGGAAAAAACCAGCACCGCGUGGCAUUCCACUGGAACUGUGCAGCUGCCAAUUCUCAUCUUGGAUUUUUUUUUUUACUCAAGCCUACUUGUUAAUUGAUAAUGUGGUCUCAUGUGUAUAAAUACACUUUUUAAUGUUUCUGUUUGGUUGUUUAAUUUUUCUCCUUUCUCUUGCAGAUCUUUAUAAUAAGGACAAAACGUUUUGAGUCCAUCCCCUAACAUAGAUGUGCUGUAGCCAUUUUUGAUCACGGCUAAUAGUUAGAUUGUCGUUCCCUAUUGUUUGUGUUUAAACACUAUCAUGUUGCUUUGUAGCUCAGAGAUAAUCACAUUUUAUUCCGAUUUUAACUUAUCAGCAUGUCUUCAUCAAUUUUAUCUUUUUGCUUUAAUGUGAAGGUACUAUGCAAAGCUGCACUGAUCUCGCGCUAUGAUUUCAAGUUUUGUACUACCUGAAAGUGUUGGGUCUGCAUUUCCAAUGUUGCAUAUCUAGGACAAGUUUAUGCUGGCAGGUAGAUAAUUGUCAUGUGAAGCGUGUGUGGAGCCUUUGGCGUGCAUGUUUGUAUGUUGGUUUGAAAGUUCAUAACGUUUGGCGAAACAAUCUUUUGAGCCAUUUUUCUUAUUAGUAUAAUGUUUUCUCAUUUAUCUUUAUUUCUGCUUACUGUAAAGGUUUGAGUACCGCUUUGUUUUUUGCCAAGAUCUCACAAUGAGCAGAAGACUUUCACUUUUGUAUUUUAGAAAGCAAAGGUUUUAGCUAACAUUAAAAAAAUUAACUUGUGAUUCCGCUCUGUGACAUAGUAAUACAGCUAAUAUGGACCAAUACAGUGUACAUUCCCUUCAUAGGGUGUUCAUAGGCUUAUAUUUGGAUGAGCUUCAAGCUAUUUGUUCCUGGCAGACACCAUGUCUACACUGAACCCGACAUGACAACCUACUUGUUCUUAAUGGAUUUUUCUCGCCCUGCAGAAUCCAGUGUGGACAAAAUUUCUAAUUAAAAUGGGUUCUAAUGCGUUUCCAAUAUCUUUUGUCGUGUCCCGUCCGGUGUAGACACGGUGAGACACUCCAGCUGCUGUGCAGUAUGUGUGAAAUAGCCUUACACCGUAUAUAGAGCAACCUAUUCUAUAAAAACUUUAUUUUUAUAGCGGUAUAAACCUAGUGCUUCAUCAGUCUAAAUUAAUUUGUUAACCUCACAGCCUCUGCACUCCAUGUGCAUAUAUGCUGCCCCUUUCAACUGCUGGAGAUCGUUUUGUUGUCUGCCAUCAGAAAAGAAUGUGACGGGUGUCUUGUCACUAGAAUAUUUUGAGCUAGAUUAGUUUGUAUUUACUAUUAUUGUCAACAGCAUUGCCAUGGUUAUUAUAAAUACGGUGUAUGUCUAACCUAAAAUCAGAGUAAAUAGUGAAGUAAUGACUUUGAAGGAAACUCUGGCUCUUGUUUCACUGUGGAUUCUUUUCUCCUCAAGGUAUUGUUUUAUGUAAACUGUGGUUUUACGGGCCCUGCCAGAAUAAAUUGUUUAUGUGAUAGGCUUAAGCAAAUGCUGCAAAUCAAUGGUUUUACUAUGGCUGCAAUGUAUUUUUGAGUUUUAUUACAACACUAUAGGGCGUUUUUGACCCUUAACACUUUUGAAGUCAAUGUGAAUUUUAAAGUGGUAUUAAUUUAGCAUAUUACAAACUUUGUUGUUGAAUUUUUCUUUUAUUUAGGUUUUGACGCUUUGUAGUUGAAUUGAAUUUUACAAAAGUGUUAACCUCUAAAAGCCAUAUGUAAAAGGUUGGAUUUAGCAACCUUGAUAUAGGCCAUACUUCAGUGGACCAACACCUCACAACCAGCAAUAAAACAAUUUAUAAAGAGGUCAUUUUUACUGUGGUCCAUUAACACAGAAGUUUACUGAAUACUUUCUAUUCAGAGGUUUACAUGAAAUCCUGCUGUAUAGGCUUACUGGUUUAAGUUAUUGAGGUGAUUGUGGUUUUAGGGAGUUUUGGGUAACUUUGAAACAUCUGUAAACUGUAAAUGUUUGGAGUGCUGCAAUAAAGGUUGGGACAAUGAUAAAACAACA